AUGCUACCAAGAUUCUUCCACUCGAACAGCCGUUUCCUCGUGGGAGUGCUUUGCGGUCUACUCCUCGGCUUCGUCACGCGCUCCAUUUUGGAUACGCCGUCUUUCGGUGGCACGGGCGAAUUUUCGGAGCUUACUUCUUUUCCUGAGUUCAAGGACAAUGGCUCGGUCAAGGCCAAGGCGGCCACUGGCAAUGGCAAUCAAACAGGCCCUGAAGCCAUCACCGAUGUAUUGUUCAAAUCGGUAAAAAUCCUGUGUUGGGUGAUGACGCAUCCGUUGCAGAAAAACGUUGAAAAGGUGAAAGCCAUUAAUUCAACAUGGGCUCAGCGUUGCAACAAGGUUGUAUUUUUCAGCACGUUUGGGAAUCUGAGUGUGGAAACGUGGGAUCUCGAAUUCCAAGAAGGCCGCAACACUCUAUGGGAUAAGACGAAGCGCGUAUUGAUUUAUUUGAAUGAGGAAUACGGGUCGCAAUACGAUUGGUAUUUCAAAGCCGAUGACGAUACUUACGCUGUGAUGGAGAAUAUGCGUUUCAUGCUGAGCGCUUAUGAUCCUGGGAUUCCUCGCUACCUUGGCUGUCAGAUGAUGGUGAACGGAAUUUACUACCAGAGCGGCGGACCCGGCUAUAUUUUAUCCCAUGCUGCCGUUUCAAAAUUUGCGCAUCACUACAUCGAUGACCUACGGUGCCCCGCAAAUCCUGAUGGCUUUGAAGAUUACAAUUUGGGUCGCUGUAUGAAUGCGCUCAACAUCAGCUCUACGGAUUCACGGGAUAUUGAGGGUCGUCUUCGUUUUCUGCCGCUAUCACCACUUUCCCUUUUCAUGGACGAAAUCCCGGGUUGGCUGGAAGAACGUCUACCAUAUAAAUAUCAUCAUAAAACGGAUUGCUGCUCGGAUAUUGCCAUCUCCUUCCACUACAUUGAUCCGAAGGCAAUGUAUCUACUCGAUUUUCUGAUUUAUCGGCUACGAGUAUUUGGUCGGAAUGAUGGCUAUAUGGUGUCAACCCAUGGUUCUCGUCAGCAACUCCUCGACCGGAUCCGUUUGGAGAGUCGUAGUAAAUCCCUUGAAGGUACC